AUGGGGUACCCAUGCAGCUUUGAGCCGUUCGUUACAUACGAACCAUGGAACCCUGAGGAGUACAACGAGUUAAAAGUCCUUGCAAAGGCGAUUCAUGGUACUGUCCACUUGACCGAGCAUCUCCCAAGCGGGCAACUGCGAGCUGUGAAGAAAAUUCCGAACAAGAACGUCUACAAGCGAGGAAGUGGGCAACUUGAAAAUGCUCUAGUGGAAAUUGGUGCCUCCCUCUACCUCUCCAGACACGCUAUCGCCCCCGUGAACGGAAUCAUUAAGACCUUCGGCGCUUACCGCGACGAGACGGAUACCUAUCUCGUGACAGAGUAUGCGUCUGGUGGAGAGUUGUUCAACGAAGCAGCCCGCCUGGGGCAUAUGGAUGAAGAGCACGCGAGACGACUUGGCCUGCAGUUGUUACUUGGCGUUAAAUCUCUGCAUGACAAUGGUGUCUGUCAUAGGGACUUGUCUUUGGAAAACACUUUACUUCAUUCAGAUGGCUCCAUAAGGAUUAUUGAUUUUGGACAAGCAGAACCUUUGUUUGACGAAGCGGGUAAAGAAAAAAGUUUAGUCAACGCUGCGGGAAAAAUGUACUACCGAGCUCCUGAGAUGUACUCGGGCAGCUACCUUGGAUCAGCCGUAGACAUAUUCGCCGUGGGCGUUGUGCUAUUCAUUGUUGUUUUUGGAACACCGCCGUGGCUUCAAGCCACCAACCUGGACGACAGAUACGUCUUCAUCCAGACAUGUCAAAACGGUUUUGAGCGGCUCCUCGUUCGUUGGAAAAGGCAGCAUUACGCAUCCAAGGAACUGCGAGAAUUAAUCCGGUGGAUGAUUCUCGCGGACCCGCAACAACGCCCGACGGCGGAUAUAGCAUUAGCUCACCAGUGGUUUGUUGGUGCAGAUCCCGUUCGCGACACCGCGCUACACCUUUCUGUGCUACGAAACAGUGCACACCAAUACCGCGUACCCCGGAAUGCUCUACCUAAGAGGUCUUCCCAAACAUCCUCAAGGUACAGACUAGAUCGACCGCGCCUCUGUAGUGGAGCAUCAGGUCACACCGACGAUCGGCGUACGCCCUCCGAUAGGAGCGCGCCAGUCGCUGGUGGCUCAUCUCGUUGUGCGCCUGGAUCCGACUCUGUCAUGAGCAGAAUAUACACUAGCCCUCCAGAAAGUGGCCAGAAGCACCGUGGUUGCCCUUCUGUGGUCCCGAAGAAAGCUGCAGUUCCACCCUCGAGCGCCUUUCUGGGGGUUCCCCAACGACCUGAGCCGAAAGUGUUUUCGACUCCCUCGUCGGAAAAUUUUGCUCCCACCUCUGACAAGACGCCGAGCCAUCGAAGCGUCUCAGCUUCUCCCACAUCACAGAAGCUACGCGCAAUCUCCCUACUUGCAAAUAGACUGGCAGGUCUCAGAUUUUGUAGGCCUAGCCAGCCUCAAGCGUCAGGAGGUUGUAGGCCAUUGAAACGUCAUCUAAGCGAUAGUGGGGGCGGAGACGAACCGCGAGAAGGUUAA